GAGUAAUAAAGUGACAUGAAUCAACAGAAAAAUUGACUGAAAAUGACUCAUUGUGCUUGAUGCCGCAGAGGAGCAGAUAUUAUAUCAGAGAAACAAACUAGAAAAACAAAUACAUCCUCCCAUUAGAGAUAAUUAAGACAAUGAGAUAAUUAAAGACUGGGGACUGGGACAGUGGAGUAAAAAUACAGUAGGAGGGAAGUACCAAAGGUUUUUUUAAUUACGCUGCCUGGGGAAUCGCUUGACAGAGAGGUCACACGAGGGAAAAGGGAUUUUAUUUUUACAUUUUAUUUUGGCUCCACAGCGUGACGUAAAUGGAAACGUCGGGAAAUUACACCCACAGAGAUGCACGCUCGUAAUUUCACCCAGAGACAGUAUAGGUAUUUUAUGGGCAGUUAUUAAUAGAAUGUAGACUAAUAAUAACAAUAAAACGAUAAUAAACGCUUAAACGCUCGAGGUGAAGAGUUUUUUUUUUUUUUUGAUCCAGCGGCUCCACUUCCUGGUGCACCUGUUUUUCAGGUAGGACGGACCUGAACCACCACCAAACAACACUAUGGGCGGAAUGUAUCCGAAACUUUGACGCAACUUGUCUUUUUUUGUCGUCACGCAGGUCUUUGCGUAUCCACCUCCUACAAUGCGCCGACUGCGACGCGGGGGUCCCGCCGUGGACGUCGCUUUGUUCGGCGCGAUCGUCUGCGUCGCCCCUUCUUUAGUCUUCGCCAUCCUAGUACAAACUCCAGCGGAGCUCCAUGCGGCUAAAGGGGACACCGUCACGCUGCCCUGCACCUUCACAUCCACCAGCAGGCCGACCAGUAGGAUGAUAGUGGACUGGUCGUACAGGCCGCAGGACGGAGGGCCGCCAGACAAUUUCUUCCACUUCUCCUCCAAGGAGUCGCUCUCGCCAAGCGGCCAGUUCACGAACCGCAUCCGGUGGUACGGCAACCCGGCGCGAGGCGACGUCUCCAUCCAGCUGAUCAACGCCACGCUGACCGACAACGGCACCUACGCGUGCUCCGUCAGAAACCCGCCGGACGUCCACGGGUCUCCGACAUCACACAUCGUCCUCACUGUGACGCCUAAGAAGCCCGGCGUUCGCUUCUCCGACGUGGCCGUGCUCCUCGCCUUCGUCCUCCUCCCCUCCGCCGUCGUCACCCUCGUUCUUAUUGGACGGAUACUCUGUCCCAAGGAGGGACACAGCCAAUCGAAGUCGCACAGAUCGCCCAUAGAGGUCAUAGAGGGAGAGGACUAUGGCGUCCACCAACCACAAGCCAAUGAAAAAAAGGCCUCAUGCUGUACCCUAUUUCUCAUGGACCCAGAGGAUGAAUUUAAGUAUCACAACUCAAAGAAAAAGACCUCCAUGGAUGAAGGCUGCGCUGAGUCUCGGUGCUAGAGAACCCUGGUGGCUGGGGGAUGUAACUGCACCGUCUGCUUGCUUUAGGGAGUGGAAGCCACCGAAUGGGAAUCAGCACUGGAAUCGUCCGUUGAUGUUUUUUAUUUUUUUCCUAUUUUUGUCUUUUUUCUGCAGUCAAACACUCAACCAGUCACUUUGGUGAUGGAAGUCUGGUUUCAUACCUGUUUACUUUCUGUCUACAGAACAUUAUAGUCUGUCUCUUUCUGUCACUGUGACUCUUGGUCACUGCAUGUGCCUUUGUGGAACACAGUGACAUUUGACUUGAAUACUCUGCUACCUUGAAAAGACACAACAACUCGAUUUAUCUUAGCGGGACGCUUGACGUCUCACUCUGCGCUCUGGGUGGAAUCGAAAACGCUGCGAACACGAGAUGAGACGCGAGGACUUAUUGAGGCUGUCGACUUUAAAAAUGAAAACGUGACAGCGUUUGAUGGCGCUGAAUGUAUUUCUCACUCAGUCUGUGGUGGUGAACAACUGGUAUCAAUCUUUCAGGUACCGGUGGACACAAACACUGAGGAGAAACCGUAUAUUUAUGUUUAGUGAAGGAGAUAUUUGUUGUCUAACUUAUGACAUAGAAAACUUCUGUCGUGUCCGUCAUGAUUAAAAACAAACGGAUUUGGAUUAUUUGUGACCUCUGUACUGUAAAUAUAGUACUGUAUAUAAAAUAAAGUAUAUUUGAGUUUUCUGUA